AUCGAGAGUGAAGAUAUUGGCUUUGUAGCUUCAACAAUUAUGAUUUUUUAAAAAAAAUUUGUGCUCUUCUGUAUUUUUAGUAUUGUUUUAAUUGUUUUGUAGUAUUAAAAAUGAGCAUUUACAACCCCUUGCUCAUUGUCCAAAAACAAAAAUAAUUCCAUACAAGAGUGUCUCGUCUUCCACACUUCCACCGGAUCAUCUGUAACUUUGUCGCUUUAAAAUACCAAAAAGUCCCUGCAAAAAACACUUCGUAUUUUAAUUCCAAGGAAGGUUCCUGCUCGGAGUCCCUUCCAGCCCGAUCCAAUUCGAAUCCAUACACCCUCUCUCUCUCUCUCCCGGAACACUAGUGCUCUAUCUUCGUCUCUGCAACUCGCGGCGAAAAAUCCGUCAAUCAGCUUCAUUGCAGUGGCUGGUGCAGUUCUCAUUUUUUGGUCGUGGAGAGCUUGAAUUGCAAUGGAUCAUGCUGAGCUUACCACUGAACAGGUUCUGAGGAGGGACAUUCCAUGGGAGACUUACAUGACAACCAAGCUGAUCUCUGGGACAUCUCUUCAGCUUUUAAGGCGUUAUGAUAACAGAUCAGAAAGUCACAGAGCAGCCUUGCUGGAUGAUGAUGGUCCAUCUUAUGUUCGAGUCUUUGUGAGCAUUUUACGGGACAUUUUCAAGGAAGAAACGGUAGAGUAUGUUUUAGCUCUAAUUGAUGAAAUGCUUGCAGCAAAUCCAAAGAGAGCCAGAUUAUUCCAUGACAAGUCCCUUGCAAAAGAAGAUACUUACGAGCCUUUCAUGAGACUGCUCUGGAAAGGUAAUUGGUAUAUACAAGAGAAGAGCUGCAAGAUACUCUCUAUGAUUGUAAGUGCUAGGCCAAAGUCCCAGGAAGAUGCCAUUGCAAAUGGAGAAGCCUCAAAUUCGAAGCAAAAAAUCGCUGCCAUUGAUGAUGUGCUGAAAGGAUUGGUUGAAUGGCUUUGCACACAGCUGAGGAAGCCUUCCCAUCCUAGUUGUGGCAUCCCUACAGCUAUUAAUUGCCUUGCAACCUUGCUGAAGGAGCCUGUGGUCAGAUCUUUGUUUGUUCAAGCAGAUGGAGUGAAGUUGCUUGUUCCUUUAAUUUCUCCAGCAUCCACUCAGCAAUCUAUACAGCUCCUCUAUGAAACAUGUCUCUGUGUUUGGCUCUUGUCUUAUUAUGAACCUGCAAUCAAGUAUUUGGCUACAUCAAACGCCAUGCCUCGACUAAUAGAGGUUGUUAAGGGUUCCACAAAAGAGAAGGUUGUCAGGGUGGUUGUCUUGACCCUUAGAAACUUGCUUUCCAAGGGGACAUUUGGUGCUCAGAUGGUAAACGUUGGAUUGAUGCAGAUUGUUCAAAGCUUGAAAGCUCAGGCAUGGAGUGAUGAGGACCUAUUGGAGGCUCUAAGUCAACUGGAAGUAGGAUUGAAGGAUAACAUAAAGAAACUGAGUUCGUUUGAUAAGUACUACCAGGAACUCCGCCUUGGCCAUCUUGAUUGGUCACCUAUGCACAAAGAUGCUAUAUUUUGGCAUGAUAAUAUCACUAAAUUCGAAGAGAAUGAUUUCCAGCCGCUGAAGAUCCUCAUUACGAUUUUGGACACAUCCAGUGAUCCAAGGACCUUGGCCGUUGCUUGCUUUGAUCUCUCGCAGUUUAUCCAGCACCACCCGGCUGGACGGGUGAUAUUGACCAACCUGAAGGUGAAGGAGCGGGUAAUGAAACUGAUGAACCAUCAAAAUGCAGAGGUUACCAAAAGUGCGUUGCUCUGCAUCCAGAGACUUUUCUUGGGUGCCAAGUAUGCAAGCUUUUUGCAGGCUUGAAGUUUAUUUUCAAGGGAUGUGUGGUUCCAUCCUUCUCAUUUCUGUAGGAGUAUUUUAAGUGAAACAGAUGCAGAAGUUGGCUGCUUAUCUUCUCUCUCUCCUUUCUUUUUCCUUUUUUUUGGGUUUCCAGCACAUGUAUCUUACUCUUUACAUUUUUUUUUUCGUUUGCAAAUUGAUCAAUAAUUUAUUUUUGUAAGUAUAUAUAUGAAAUAAACCGACCUAAUGGUUUUUGCAAAUUUACUAUUAACAAAUAAAUUAUUGUAAUUUGUAUUAUUCA